UUGACCUCAGAUACAUUAUCUCUUUGCACUAUAUAACCAAGUUCCAAGCAUGAGCAGGCGUUCAAUUUUUGCCAGACUUAGGAAGGGUGUCCUUUUGUCAACGCUCUUCUUUCUCAGACAUAUUUUCGCUUCUUCGUCAGAGAGGAAUAAAUAUAGCAGACAUGUGUUUUUGCGACUUCAUCAUCCCUGGACUCACUCACUCACUGACUGACCAAUGGCUCGCAGUUCCAGCCGAGUGGUGUCAAUGAGCACCAACUACACAGGCCUGGCGGGAGUCCACAGCGAGGUGGCCACAUGCACGGCAGCCAGGAACAAGGCUUUUGACCGGAGGGUCUCAGACACCAUGACCACCGAGCAGGUUCUUCAUAUGAAACAGCUCAACUCCAUCGGCACUAGCAAGAAAUCUCUGGAGCAGUCCAUGCUGGCAUAUGCACAGAAGAUGAAAUCUAUUCUCGACAGUCGGACAAACAAAAGUGAGCAAACAAAGAACCCCACAUCAGACUCCAAGGACAACGCCAAGUGGGCGACACUGUCUCACAAACCCGCUUCGCAAAAACUCUCACGCAAUUUGCCUUUUAUUUACGAAAUGAGCAACGAUGUAUCCAUUGGUAAAAUCACGGACUCCUCCAGGCCCCAGGCUGCCAGAGUGAGCCAGAAUAAUAAAGUGGACAAUGUCGGAAGGGUGUCAAUAGAUUCUGGAAUCAGCGUUGACUACACGUCUGAGUCUUCUGACACGCCCCUAGAGGGUUAUUUUUCGGAUACAGAAUGUCAGCGUCGUCAUUCCGAAACGCCCAGAGACAGAGACAGAUCAAGUUCUCCGGAGAGAACCAACAGCAGGAACAGCGUGCUGUCCACUCAGUCUGAGUGUAUUCGGGACUCCACUAAUAACGCCAGACGGCGGCGAGAGAGGCGCAAAAGAUUUGGUGCUUGCUGUAAACCCGAACUGCCGACAGUGCAUGACACAGAACACACGGCAGAAGACAACGACACACCAGAGUAUAACCCUUCGUCUGAAGUCUACGUAAACAUCGCGCCUUUCCCGGACAUGAUGGGGGAAAGAGACGCUCUCGUACCGUCCUAUCUCGACCUCAGUGAAAACGUGGAGGAAUCAGAAGACCUAGAACGCAGAACGAAAAUACUCAACCCACUCACCAACACCAGGAAUUGGGUGAACCGAGACAAUAACAAUAAUAUGUACUCUCAGAAGCACCCCCCUCCCCCAUCAGUGAUGAGACCAAAGGUCAUCCAUUCCCCCAGCGUCAGCAACACUCGCCUACGUCGGGUCAGUCAGAACAAGAAACAGUCCAAACCGUACCACAAACUCUUUCGCUACUCCGACUACGUUGAGAACGCCGACAGCGAAACUGACCGUGAUUCUGUGGACAGCAGCAGCCACGAACUCUCGUCCAAACUCUCACUACCAUCUCUGACUGACAAACUCGCUCUACCAUCUCUGACUGACUCGGAGUUUGAGGAGAUUCUAGCCGAGCAGCUUGAGCGACUCAGUGAAGACCAAAGCCCAAAACCCUCGUUCCGAGAAAGAGGCUCGUCUCUCCCUGUCCGGAAGACGCGAGGUGUGGUCACUUUACUCGGGAAUCUGGAAGAAAACGACACAGCAGUGCUGAAAUCUGUUUUGAAAACUGCCACAGACUCGGAAAACUACGAAAAGAAAUCUGUUCGCUUUCAAUUGCCAGACAUUUAUCAGCCACCAAAUACGUACAGGUAGCACGUGUACUCAAGUCAAAGGAAUCAUAAACAUGUACAUUGUGUAUUUAAAUGUUAACUUUACUCCCAUGCCAUAGUCCCUGGAUCUGACUGUCAGGUCAAGAUGGACAAAUUUUAAUACAACUUUUGAAACAUUA